AUGAUUUUUUAAUUUAAGUCUUGCAUUCUCUUGGCUAUUCUUGUUCGCUAAGUUGUUUCGAAUUGGAGGCUUGUGGAUUCUAGUUUUACAGAGGUGGAUAUAACUGAGAACAAUUGGAAAAUGAGAAAUGAUUGUGGCAGUUCUUCUGAUUCCUCAUUUGAAAAAGAAAAAUGUGGAUAAAAUUAAUUGACCUAUGCUAGUUUGUCAAAAAGUAAGAAAUAAUUAUUGAAAUCAUUUAACAAUAAAAGCUUUUAAGUUUAAGUUAUUCUUGAUGUUUUUUUUUGGUGAUUCUGAUGGUCAUAAUUCAUGGAUAAAAGUGAUGUAUGAUACCAAUAUUGCAUCAGAAGUCGAAUAACAACUUUAUAAAAGAGAUUAUAAAGAUAACGAUCUAAUUUAAUAUAGUAUUAGAAUUUGUAAUGACAGUUCAAGCUUAAGUAAAUUUGAAUUAAAGACUAUUGUAAGUACGAUUGGAAAUUCAAAUACUAAUAAUUCUACAAUCAAAAUUUGUGUUGAUCCAGAAAAAGAUUACAUGAGAUUAGGUAUUAGAAAUUUAUUAGUUUUUGUCAAUACUUGCUAUCCUACUUGUUUAACCUGCAAUGGCCCAUUAGAAAAUAAUUGUUUAACAUGUUUUAAUGCUUAAAGUUUAUCAGGAGGAAAAUGCAAAUGUAUCUCUAAUUAAUAGUUUUCUGAAACAUAUAUAGGUUGUCGAUAAGAAUGCGAUAGAGAUUAUUCAAUAGCUCGUUAUGAUAACAUUUGUGUGGAAGACAGAAGAAUUAAAUCAAAAUUUACAUUGUUUGAAAAUAAUAUAAUCCCAUAAUCAAAUUAUUAUCGAUAUUCGCCAUUAGAAUUUCAAGAAGACAAAUUUCAUUAAAAAAAUACAGAUUUAAUUUAUGAAAAUUGUAAUGGAAUAAGCUUUAUAGGUACUCUCUAAUUUAGUGAAGGUAUGAUUUAUUAAAUGAGCUUAUAAAACAUAGUGAAAUUUAUAAGAGUUCGAAUUACAUUUUAUUUAUUUAAUUUACAAGAGUAAAGCAAAAUUGAAAUCUUACAUAAUAACUAAUUAUAAUCUAGAAUAAUUAAAGAUUCAACAGAUUUCUAAUUUGAAAAUUUGAUAUCAAUAUUUCAAGAAACUGGAAAUUGUUUAAAUAGUUAUACUUUAUUAAGAGUUGAGAUGAUAUUUUAAACCUAUGAUUCUAAACCAAAACUUACUAUUUAAGGUUAAUUAUAAGAUGACAAUGAAUUUUGGGGACUUAGAAAUAUAACAGUAGACACUGGAUUUUGCCAAGAAAAUUGCUUGAUAUGUUCUGACUUUUCUAAUUGUUAAUAAUGUAAUGCUGGAUUUAAAUUACAUAAAAAUAUGUGUAUUUAAUCAUGUCCAAUUCAUUCAUCUAAUUGUGUUGGCUAUGAAGAAUUUAUUCCAUGUAUAAAUGAUUUAAAAAUUUUAGAUUCUCGAUACCUUGCAACAGGAUUCUACGAUUUGAAUAUGACAAAAGAUGAUAUAGAUUCCUUUUAUGAUGAUGCAACAGAUGCACCUAAAAAUUAUGCAACAGGUUAAAAAUUUUCUUUUUUCAACAAUAAAAUAGUUUUAGGAGGAAUAUUAGUGUGGAAUGAUGGAUCUUAUAAAAAGACAUGGGCAAUUUAAGACCCUCAUUAUGCGGUGACAGUUUAUUUUAAUAUUACAUAUGGAGAUGCAUAUAGUGGUUAAUUUAAGUAUAAAAUGGGUUCUUCUAGCAAUCUUUAUUAAGGUCCUUAUACCUAUCCUGGAGGAGAAUCAAAUUUGAUUGGUCGUACUUUUUCAGAGAAAACAGUUUUCUUUAAUGUAAGUAUCCCAAACUUUUAUGAUAAUAAUUUUUAUGUUGAAUUUAAAUGUGAUGUUAGUACACCUAAUAGAACAAAAGAGUUUUGUGCAAUAUCUGA